AUGUGGCGGCCGUACCUUCUGAGCCAGAAGUUCCACAUUUAUACCGACCAUCAGAGCCUGAGGAACCUAUUGGAGCAGCGAGUUUCCACUUUGGGGAGCGGCGUUAUGAUGAUGAGCGCCGAGCGGGAUGGAACUCUGUUCCCUCCGACUGCGGCAGGGGGGUCGUACGAGUUCUUCGACCUUUUCCGAGAAGACGGGUUUCUGAAGCCGUCGGGAAUCGACGGCGGAGAAGGGCAGAACCAGGAGAGCAUGAUGAAUGCACUUGGGUUACCGUCAUUGUUGAGCGACGAGAUGGCGCAUCUUGAGGCGGCGACGACAUGGGAGUCGGCGCAGGAGUAG